AUACUAUUAUUUAUGAAGUGAUUUGGCUUAUGUGUCAACCUCUCCUUAACAUUAGAUUUUCCUGCUUAUUUUUUAAUAUUUUUAUAAUUUUAUUUGCUUAUUUGCUUAUUUGAUUAUUUUGAUUAAUAUUUAUAGAUCUGUCAUAUUUAUAACGUAAAAUCUACAUUGAAUAAUGUUUAUUUUUUUGCUUUACCGUACAUAACACCAAGAAUUGUUUAAGAUAAAUAUACAUUGAAUAAUGUUCUAGAUAAUAACGACAAUGAAAACCAUAAUUCAUUACGUUGAGGACAAUAUCUAAUAAUCGAAACCUGUUUGACCAAAAUCAUACUAUACCAAUAAUUAUUUAAUAUAAAUAUAUACAUAUACAUAUACAACAAUGAAAACCAUAGUACAUUACGAUAAGGAUAAUAUCAAUACAACACUGACUCUAUAAUUUACCGACUAUAGCUAUAUAUAUAUAUAUAUAUCAUUCGACUUUCUUUCGUUUACAUCACCCUCAAAUCAAAAGUUAUAAACAGAUCUUAAAACUUCUCAGCAGCAAUAAUAACUUGCCAACAAUGUCUUUUUUGAGAAAAAAACCCGCUUCUCUUGUUUUUAUUGGAGAUAUUGAUCCGGCUAAAGAUUGUUACAAGAUUAAAGUCAAAGUGAUAAAACUUUGGAAUACAUGGAAAAAUUCAAAAAUCGUUUCGAUUGAAUUAGUGUUGGCUGAUAUCAAUGGAACGAGGAUUCAUGCUUCUAUUGAUGAACGUUCUCUUGGUAAUUUUCGAUCUAAGUUAUCUCAAGGAGAUUAUUUUAUUCUGAGUAAUUUCACCAUUGGUGACUAUACCACAGAAUAUAGAACGAAUCCUCUUCCUUUUAAGAUUAACUUCUAUAGAACAACCAAAAUUACUCCUUGCGAUGAUUUUCCAAAAGAGUUACCAAAUAAUUACUUCAAAGAUUUUAAGGAAAUAUUGGAAUGCCAAUAUGAAAAAGAAGUCUUAAUCGAUGUUAUUGGUGAAGUUGUGAAUGUUGGACCUUUAGAAAAUCUAAUGGCAAAAGGGAAAUCAUCAACUAAGCUAGAAUUAACAAUUCGUGACAUAAAUGAUACGCGUUUAACAUGUACGCUGUGGUCUGGGUAUGCAAAACAAGUAUCAGAUUUCUUUAAAUCUAAUGAAGCAGCAUGUAUUGUAUGUGUUGCUCGAUUUGUUUGUGUGCGAGAAUUCAGAGGAGUUGUGACUGUUUCUAAUGUAUUCAAUGCCACUGAAAUUCUUUUUGAUCCACAACUACCAGAAGUGCUUGAUUUCAAAUCUAAGUUGCCUAAUGAUGAUUUGAUUAUUACUAGAGAAGCUUUUGAUCCUAAAUCUACGCCUCUAAAAGUAGAUUUAUAUGAUGAAUUUUUCAUUAAGAAUCCUAUAAAAUCUAUCCGUGCAUUGAAUGCAUCGAAUGAGGUGGGAAAAUGUGUUACCCUUUGCAAGAUUGUUUCCAUUGAAACCACUCCAAAGUGGUAUUUUGUUGCGUGUGGUACCUGUCGGACGACAGUUCAUCCAUGUGAAGAUGAUCUUGAUGAUGAUAGUCCACCUUUGUUUCAUUGUAGCGGAUGCAAUGGAAACGUCUCUAACGUUGUGGCUAGGUUUAAACUUGUCCUUUGUGUUACUGAUCAUACGGGAGAAGCCGCUAGGUUUAUUCUUUUCGAUAAUGUUGUUGUUCCCUUUCUCCAUAAUACUGCUAUGGAUCUUGCCGAAGAAGUUGCUGAGGAAAACGCAUCUGUUCUACCUUUAUCAUUAGUCAGACUUAUUGGUAAAACAUAUAUUUACAAGAUUAAUGUAUCAGCUGAUAAUUUGAGGAGUCGUAAAACGACUUUUAAAGUUGAUAUAAUUUCUGAUGAUGAAGAUUUGAUUAGUAAGUGGGUCAGUGAAGGUUAUACUGGUCAGGGUGGUUUGUUUAUGGAUUGCCAACGUAGUUUGGAAGAUUCAGCUGAAGCUUCCCAAUCUGAUGGAUUAAAGCGUAACGGUGAUGCUUUCGAUCGUGGAAAUUUGGUUGUGGGGAAAGAUGGAAAUCCUAAAAAGUUGAAGAAGAAUACAGAAUAAUUUUUAAGAUUUGGAUUUGUUUCUUUAAAUUUAGAGGUUUUUACGUUUUGGAUAAUUUAUAUUUAUAGUGUUUGUUAUGGAUUUUUUUAUUCUGUGUUGGUUUUUACAAUAAAGUUUGAAGUUAUUCCUCUUUAAUUGUUGUUAUUUAAUCAUUCAAUAAAUCUUAUAUACUAAAUCUUACUUAUUUUUAUUCCUUCAAGUACUGACUAAAAUACCGAUACAUUCAUUAUUCAAGAAAUCACUCCAAAUUUACAAGUUAAAUUUCUACUUAACACCAAAUAUACAUCAAUAAAUAUGAUAUAGUUAAUUAGUAGAAACCCUAUUCUACGAAUACUCCAUGGCCAUGUUAGGAUCAGAAAACGAAAACCUUUUGCAUUAUUUUAUAUAAAUAGUUUUAUUAAGAGCCACUCAAAAAUCAAAAAAAAUAAAUAAUUAAAUAAUAA